GUGGUGUGGCCGGCAGCACAAAAGCCAGCCGGAAGAUACGCUCCGAUCACCAGUUGGUCGGCGGAUGGCGAGUCGGUCGCAACUUACGAUUUCUCCGCCGUUCGAAAUAAUCAAAAAAUCCGCCAGCACUUUUCUUCCACUCUUCUCCUUUCGCGUUUCUGUUUGUGUUGACUCUGACUGGACUGGCCCGUUUCCCCUCAAAUAUCCGCUCUGACAUUUCGGGCCCAUUUAUAUUGUGCAGCGUGUCAUGUGAUGGAUACAUAGCGCGUGUGAACUGAACCCACCCGUCGAUGAUGGAUUGACAAAAUCAUCUCGCAAUUUCUUCUUCUUCCGAGAAGGCGAAACGAAAUAUAAACUGCUGCUGCUGCUGCUGUGGAAAGUGGUUUUUCCCGGGCGAUAUCCUUCUGAUUCAUCUUCCUUUUUUUACCUCCCUCCGAUUUGCGGGAUCGACUACGAGGAAAUCUUAUCGCUCCCCCCGGAAGGGGAAACGAGCCACCGGCCACAGGCAUCAUGGAUCAUUGGGCAAUAUCUCUGAUGCUGCUGGCCGCCGUUGCAUUUACCGCAAUGUCGGCAUCGGAGCUCAUGUCGAUGGAAGACGAUAAUGUCGGACAUCUUUUCGACAUCGAUGCCCAUUCAGACGAGAUGGCCUGCUACUAUUGCAUCAACGUGACCAGCAACGAAAUUUGCAACCGCUACGCCAUCGAACGGCCCUGCCCAACAGAUUUGACCGUCUGCCACACACAUCACGUGAUGGACGACCGGGGCAAAACGCUGGCAGUCACGAAAACGUGCGCCACACCGCGGACAUGUUUCUCGCAGGUCGGAUGCCGUCGCGAUAAGACAACCAAUCAAACGGUAUGCGUGAAUUGCUGCGAUUUGAGUUACUGCAACGAAGAGGUGGCGUUCAACGUGAGCGCCGCCGUUUUCCAUCGCUCAAACGACGACGGGACAGCGGCUUUUUCAUCUGCCACUCACGGACUUAUUGGAUGCAACUGGACGACGACGACGGCGGCGGCCAUCGUCAUUCUCGGCUUACUCACCUUCUUGUCAGCUUCGACAACAAUUUGAAAAAAACAGGAUCGCCGAUCGUGUCGACAAAUAUCCCGACAAGCCAAAAUUCCAUAUCAGGACGUUUGAAAAAUAAUCUAAAAAAAAACCAGCGGGAAAUUUCAAAUUUGUUUUUCCAUUAUUUUUGUUACAUCGGGAGGGAAAAUAAUAAAUAUUGAAGCUUUCACUGUCGGGGGUUUAUAUCUUCCCUCAACUUUUGCAAGAGAAAAAUAAAAACAAAAAAUAAAAUAUAAAGGGGGGAAAACUGUUGAAGGAUCGUGGACCCCCUCCGCCGACACGAUAAGACCCUAGCGGCACUCGUCGUGCCUUAUCACCCGUCGUGCAGUUAUAACACGGCAGACAAAUGUCAAGAAAAAAGAAAACAGAAAAUAUAAAACAAAACGUCGAGCUACUGGGUACAAACCAUAUAUUAUACAAGUGUUUGAUGAGGCGCGAGAUUUGAACACGCUUCAAGACCCCACUCUUCCUCCUUCGUCUAUAUUCUCUCUACCCCCCUCCACCCCCUUUUAUUUUCUCUCACUCUCACAAACAGUCACCUCACGCUUCAGCAGCCACUUGAGUUGAUCUCAAGUUUUCUCGUACCCCCCACACAGCCGCCUGUCGUCGGCCACGCCCUUUGUAUACUUUAUUAUAUCGCUCCUUCAUCAUCCCCGCCAAUGUGACGCUAUUCAUUUUCACGCCUAUAGCAGCUGCAAAAGUGCUCCUGACGGCACUCGCAAUUGAAUUCACUUUCACUCAUGUAAAUCUCGAGGAGAAAGAGAAGAAAAAUUGGGAAAUUGUUCCGUCACUUACAUUUGAUUACACACACACACACCGUGAAAGAAGAAUGGUUUGCCGCUCCUGUUUCACUGUUCUGGACAUUGCAACACACUCAAAGGAGCCGGAAAAUGUCGGGAGAGAGAAAUAAAAUAAAAAGGCCGGGAUCGAUAAACUACACUUUGAUUUCUUUUCAAUUCAAUUUUGGGAAAAUCCCAUCAGGAAUGGAAAGGAGGUCCCGGAGGAUGGACGGUCAAAUGUCAAACCAAAUAAUAAAGAAAAGAAAAGAACGAAAUAAAAAACGACCGAAUUUUCCCUCCCGAGCUCAUGUCUGACACAAAACACACACAACUGUGGCGGCCCGGCAACCAUGCCGAUGAAACUCACCGUGAUUGGUUUGUGUGUGUGUUCCUCCCUCGAGAGAUUGUUUUCUUUUUUUACCCGACAUUGAAAGUGAAUUGCGCAAGCAUCAAAUAUUUAACAUCUGCCAAUCGGGGAGGAGACAUCAUUGAAAAGAAAUAAAAAGUAGAACAAACACACGACACGAAAGUUAGACAGGCAAGACACGCGAUCAAAUAUAGACGGAAAAACAUAGUCCCCAAUCCGGCGGUAGUUAUGACGCAACUCAACCUUUUCUGGAUUAUGAUUUAGUUGGCAGAUUUCUAUAUAAUAUAACCUCAGCCCUUUUUUCUAAGCGAAAAAAAGGAAAAACGUGUUUGACGUGUCCGAUGAAUGUGAUGCUGUAAAUGCUCUCCCAUCGCAACGAUGGCCCCCCCCCCCCAAAAAAAAAGUGUUUUUAAAACUGACGAUAUAAUUGUAAUUCUUUAUGACCAUGUUUGAUUGAAAUAUGUGUGAAUUUUCUUUUUCUUUUUUGUAUUUGAAUACAAGAGGGAAUAAAAUUUUGCGAAAAAGAGAGACCUGUCCGAGUAGUGAUAUAAUUUAUGUAUAUGUAUAAUAAUGAUAAUAAUAAUAAUAAUAAUGUGGAGAUAUUAUUAUAUAAAAAGGAGAGAAAUCGUACAAGUAGAAGAAGAUGAAAGGAAAGCCAAAAUAUGAAGAAGAAGAAGAAGAAAAGGAGAGAAGAAGAAGAGGAAGAAGAAGAGGAAAGACAACAUGAAAGAGAGGGCGAGAAAUUUUUUCAAUUUUUAAUUUUAGUUAGUAGUAUAGUAUAGUAGUAGUAGGAUAGUGUCGUGGAACAGGAGUGUUUUCUGCGUGAGUGUUAUGUGUGGAGAGGGAGGAUGGAGGAGGAAGGAAGGAAAUUGCCCGAGUCGUCAAAUUAAACUCGUCCGCAGGAUUUGAGGAUCUCUCUCACGCGUGAAUUAUUGUUGACAGUCGGGAGACAAAUGUUGACGAUUUCACGACAGAGUAAAAUUGGGUGGGUAAAUACAUUAUAAGGACAGUGUGUGUUGACGUGGCAGGGAUUUUUUCGGAGCUGAUUUGUUUGGUUUUCUUGGUUAGAAAUGGAGGAAACAGACAGACAGAAUCAAUAGUAAAACUCGAUCAAAAUUACAGUAUUAUCUGGAGGGCAACAAGUAUUGUCUUUGUUAUUGGUUACAAGUUGUUUAAUGUGGUUUUUUGGUUUUCAAAUUUCGCCUAAAGAGAGAGAGAAAGAACCGCAGCCAAACCCGAUAUUAUUAUUAUUUUAAUAAGAACUCUCACGACCGCAAAGAAGUUGGGUAAAAAGGGUGGUAGUUGGGGUUGGUGAUGUCAUUCAUUCAUUUUGUUAUAGUUAGAAGAGGAAAAUGUUAUAUCAUCACAAAUAACGACGACAAUAAUGAAUAUUACGAUAGGAUUGGAGCAAUGUUGCUGAACAGUUUGAGUCGAUACAAGUGUGAAAGAGUUUUCAAUUCGAAAUGGAAGCAGCAGAAUUUAAACUAAUGGAAACCGUCGAUGCAUAAUAAUAAAAGAAGAGCCCGAAAGAAAAACAAAAACUGAAUGGGGUUUCCCUUUUUCAAUCGAUGAGGUAUAAUAAUAAUAAUAAUAAUUCGUGAAAAGAAUUAAAAAAUUUGCGAGGAAAUGUUUUGGGAGGGGCUCUGUUAUUUUUUAGCAGCAAUCGAUAUCUUAUUAUUAUUAUUUACUUUUUACUCUUUUUUUAAAAAAUAGAAAACAAAUUUCUCCUCCCGUUUUUCCCAUUUCCUUCUUCUUCUUCUUCCUUCAUUCAAUAAUAUAUAUUUACACGUUAGGCUGUUGGAAAGUACCCUUUCUCUUCUGGACAGCUGACGGAUUUCGCAGCUAUUUUGUUUUCGUUUGUAAUCGACGCAAUCUGAUGAAAUCCGGAACUGGAAGGGAGACGAACAAUCAAUUUUCUUUGUGAUUUGAUUUUUUUUUUACAGAAUGAUGGAGAAAGAAAAAAAAACAAGCCACACCCUGUCAGAAGAGAACAAGAAGAACAAGACGAGAAAAAGGAGAGAGCAUUUGGAUCCCCCCAACAAACUGCGGAGAAAUUGAAUUUGAAUGAGGUGUGUGUGUGACGCAGGAGAGACAAACUGGGAGGGAAAAGUAGAGAAAGAUAGAUAGGAAAAAAUGACACUCACACAACCAACGUGAAAUAUUUUUUGGAGAAAAACUCAAAAAUAAAAUAAAAAUUAAUUUGAAAAUGUUUCGCGCGCAAACACAAAAAAAAACAUCACAGACUAGAUGACAUUUGAAAAUAGGGACUCUCCCUCGACUAUAUAACUUUUCCUUCUCUCUCUCUUUUUUUUCUUUUGACACUCAAAGACAGACAUACAUAAGUAUAUAUAUAUAUAUGGUACUGAUUUGAUUGAAAAAAAAACGCCGAGGAGUCACAGGGGAUUUGAAACCGGGUUUGAUAUUUUUGUUGUAAGGGAAAAGAAGAAAGAAUUCGAAAAUUCCACUUGACUAAAAGAACUAGCGAAAUGUAGUAGCACACGUGAAAUUGAGUACGAAACGUCGUCCCGUAUUUUUUUGUCUCUAUGUACAACAAAUGCGUCCAACCAAUCACCGCCGUCGAUCCAACCACCGACCGACAGCCAAUUUUUUAAAAAUACGUUCACAUCAUUUUACACGUCAUUUAGGUUAGAUACAACACGGGGUUGGGGUUUCUUUCUUUUUUGAACUACCGUCAACGCUAUACACACAAACCGUGUAUAAGAUUUGAUCGAAGUUUGAUUGAUUCGCAAGAUUUUUUUUCUUUUCUUCAGAAAGAAAAAUUGAAAACGGAAAACCAAAAAAAUAGAUCAGGGUAGGCCAAAAUGAAUUCCUUUUUUUGUUGUCGAUGCCAUUUGUUCUUGAAGGAAUGUGACUGAAUCCAGUUGGAGGGGGG